GUCAUCAACCCAUGGGCUGAUUUGUUUGUUGUCGAGCAAGAUGGAGUUCCUUUUGGGAAAUCCUUACAGUACCCCAGUGGGGCACUGCAUUGAGAGAGCCACUGAUGGCUCUCUGCAAAAUGAAGACUGGACUCUUAACAUGGAAAUAUGUGACAUCAUCAAUGAAACAGAGGAUGGGCCAAAGGAUGCGAUUAGAGCAGUGAAGAAGAGGCUGAAUGGCAACAGGAACUAUAGGGAAGUGAUGUUGACUUUAACGGUUCUGGAGACAGGUGUGAAGAACUGUGGCCAUCGUUUUCAUGCUUUGGUCACUAGCAGGGACUUUGUUGAAGGCGUGCUCGUUAAAAUCAUUUCCCCUAAAAACAACCCGCCUACAAUCGUUCAAGACAAAGUACUUGCCCUGAUUCAGGCAUGGGCUGAUGCGUUCAGGAGCAGUCCAGACCUCACAGGGGUGGUCCAAGUCUAUGAGGAGCUAAAGAGGAAAGGAAUUGAGUUCCCCAUGUCAGAACUGGAGACCCUGUCACCUAUACACACACCUCACCGGUUGGCUUCUGCUCCAGAGGGCGACUCCACCCUACAUAAGUUCAGCACCAUUCCCCAGCCCACACCACAGGCUGUCCCACCAGCCUACACCACCCCUCAGGUCCCCAACAUUCAGGCCACUGGAUCCAUCAAUCCUACACCUGAACAGAUUUGCCGGCUGCGCAGUGAGUUGGACGUUGUUCGUGGAAACACUAAAGUGAUGUCGGAGAUGUUGACUGAGAUGGUCCCAGGACAGGAGGAUGCUUCAGACUAUGAGUUGCUACAGGAGCUGAACAGGACUUGUAGAGCCAUGCAGCAGAGGAUAAUGGAGCUCAUCUCCUGUGUUUCCAAUGAGGCGGUGACUGAGGAGCUGCUGCAUGUCAACGAUGACCUCAAUAACAUUUUCCUACGCUACGAAAGGUAUGAGAGGUUUAGGACUGGGAGGUCUUCAGCUCAGAGUGUCAACAAUGGGGUCUUGAGCGAGGCUACAGAGGACAACCUCAUAGACCUCGGCCCCGGCUCCCCAGCAGUGGUCAGCAACAUGCCGAACGCAGCCCCAACCAGCUUGCCUCCCACCAUCACAGCCAACGCAGGAAGGCCCUCCUCCCCGGCUACCUUGGCCUCCCGCCUGGCCGGCCUUGACAUGGGUGCUGACAGUGUUAGCAGUACCUUGAGCUCUCUGUCUAGCUGUAAGCCUCCUCUUGGCCAGGAUGACUUUGACGUGUUCGCUCAGACCAGGACUGGAACUCUGCCUGAACCACGCAAGACCGCGACAGCAGAAGACAGCAACCCCUCUGACGGCCUUCCUCCCACUCUGGAUGUCCAACAGCCGACUGCAGGAGUGGGUGUCGGAGGCCAGUCCUCUGUCAUGGAUGACAUAGAGGAGUGGCUGUGUACUGAUGUGCAAGGGGAUGAAGGUGAAGAAGGCGUGACAAGUGAAGAGUUCGACAAGUUCCUUGAGGAGAGAGCCAAAGCUGCAGAGAUGGUCCCCAGCUUACCGUCGCCCCCCAGUGGUGAGCCGGGUGCAGCACAGGGAACCCCCAGCCGCAAGAAGCCAGAAAGGCCGGAGGACGCUUUGUUCGCCAUGUAGACCUUCCACCUUUUGACCUCUGAUCACCCAGCCUAAGACCCGACCAGCCGAGCGGCAUCACCCGAGGACAGACUGACCUGCCACUUAAAAUACAUCCACUACUGUUAGGAUUCAACACUUUUUCAUUACACUACAGAUUUGUAAAUGCUCUCCUUGUAAAAAAAGGAAUUAUUCAUGCUCUCCGUUAAUUUUUCACAAAAAAGGGAAAACCAAGUGAAUGGCCGAUUUCAUGACAUCAGACGAUGGAUCUCACCCACAUGAUGACUGGUGUCAGGGACUAUGAGCCGGCCCGCUUUUUCCAUGUUUAUGUGUGAAGAAUCUCCCUCCAACUGUUGUGAACUGCAGAGCUUCAUGUUGCAGCUGCUCCUAAAAAAGAGUUUUAUAAAAGAGAGUUCCGCUGUCCUUUACAUUAUUAGUAGGAAAUCAAUUCCUUACCCAAAGCAUGAAUUAACACCACCCUACUAGAUCAUUUAAGUUUUUAUUAUUAUCAAAAGACCCAGACAGAGCUAUUAUGGUUUUGAUUGCGGAAAUUCCCAUCACAGGCAGCAGCACUGCAUUCCACUCAGUCCGAGUUGAAUUGUAAAUCUGUAAAUGACAAAUGUCAAGUUUAUUAGUCGUGUGUAUAUUUAAGCUACAGAGAAAGAGAUGUUGAUUUAAUGAAGAUUUUUUUGAAAAGGCUUUAUCUUCCAGCUGCUUUGACAAUAGGGAUGUACCUCACUGAGGUCAGCUUUUUUCACACGAAAAGGGAAUUGUAUACAUCUGAUAAUCUACAAAAAAGAAUUUAAAAGGAAGAAGAAGAAGAAGAAGAAGGAAGAUGGGUUUUGUAAUUGGCAUAAUUGCGCACAACGCCAACUAAUGUGUCCUUUUACCCUCCUCUAAAUCACAUGUAGAUUUCUCUUUGACAGACGUAACCACAGUUGUGUUUCAUUGAGAUUAUUUUGCUGAGAUGUUAUUCACCUAAUCCUGCUGUCUCAGAUUCAAAGCAGAUGCUUUGAAUCAUGAAUUUACAUGGGUUGAGUUUAAAGGGAGUGGUCUUGUUAUUUGGAACAGAAUCCCAGUCAGAGUUGGUCUAACUGGUAACUGAAGAGACACACAUGCUGUUAUUGGUGAGUUUUUACUCAUUGCCUGUAGGUUUUAACUCCUUUUCUUUCUUUUUUUUAGUAGAUUGUGUUCUGUAUGAUUUUGGACCAAAAUUGUGCUUUCUUCUGGAUGUGGAAGGAAAUUUCUUGGAUAAUUGGAUUGUCGGUAUAUAAUCAGGUCCUGUCUUUGACUCAGAAUUCACAACUUAAUAUCUAGAAAUGCAAUAUCACACUACAAAAGCUGUUUGCGCAUUACAUUUGUGUGUUUUCUCCUUCAUAUCUUUAUGCUGACAUCUUAAAAGGCUUGACCUUUCAACAUGACAUUUGUUUUCAGAAAUGAGCUGGCUGCAGACAUAGUGCUACAAAUGAGACGUUUUACUCUUUUGACAAUAAUACAUGCAACAUGUUACGCAAUCACGACAAGCUUAAAACAAGUGUGCACUUUGACAGCCGCAUUACCUUUCAACCUGUACUGUAAAUCAUUUAACACUUAACCAGAUGUAAUUGAUGAGAGCUGUUUGGAAAUAUUUGAGCUGGAGUGUAGAAAUAAUUUAUUCAGAACUAUUUUUUUUUCUUCUUCAGAUCAGUAUUUUAAAUAAUUUUAUUGUGCAGAAGAAAAAUGGGAAAUGUUAAUAGACAGAAUGAGGAAUUGUCAUAAUGGUGUGCGUUUUAGUAUUUUUGUUAAUAGAGUUAAGAUUUUCCUUUUUAUACAUUGCUGCUGGCUAAUGUAUUUUAUGUUUCAUGAUUAUAUUGGUUAUGUGGAUAUUGUUCUUGGUUUAAUCUGUCCAUACAGUAAAAAUACUGACAUAUAAUUAAGGGCAGUCCAUCACUGAUUAAUAUUCAUAGCUGCAAGAUAAUGACACCAGAUCUCCCAUUUAUCACAUGAAGGAUACAUAUUUGAAUAGAUUCACUCUGACGUAGUAGCACAUGAAUAAACAGAAGAAAUCAACUUGGUCACUUUCAACAAAGCAUCAACAUUGCACAUUUUGAAAGGGAAACCUUUCCUUCUGUUUCCUUGUUUUGGUGUUUUCAGAGUGUGUGUGUGUGUGUGUGUGUGUGUGUCAGCUGUUCUGUAACGCAGAAACGUUUUAUCUCAGUUGAUUAAAAAAAAAAAAUAGAAGCCUAAAAAUGUGUGUUUUAAAGAAUACAUGUUACUAUCCUGUUUGAUACCGUCCAGGAUCAACCUGGUUUAUAUCAGUGUGAGCUCUGUCAGUGGUUUGUAACUGAAUCGCAGCAUAGCCAAGUCAUCUCUGUUCUGCAGAGGAACAAUUAGUUUCUUUGUUUGUCGCUGGAUGAUAUAAAUAGAGAUGCUGAUAAAGGAGGCCGUGCUGUGUGACUGCUUCUUUCCUGAGUUGCCUCAUCUCCCCUUUCUCUUUGUGUUGUUUGACUUAUGCAUGACAUAUAAUAAAACAUUAGCACUGUU